AUGAAUGCUGAAAAGAAGGUGGGGUUCAACAAAGGCAAACUCCGAUGCUUUAACUGCCAUGAACCUGGUCAUUUUGCCAGAGACUGCUCGAAGCCUGAUAUGAGGGAAAACAACGAAAGAACAAUGGUGUCAGUGGGUAACAGCAAGGGAGCUACCACCAACAAACAGAAUGAUAAUCUUGCCCUAAACAUCUCGGGACCUGAGAAUGCGCAUCUUGCCCAAAUCAACGACACUGCAGAAGAAGAAGCUGAGAUUGAACCAAAGGCAAAGAUGGUGGAUCUGCAAAUCGCGUUUAUGUUACUAAAAAGAGAGAACGAGGACUUAAAAUAUGAAAGGUAUGAACUAAAGAGAGAUCAAAGACCACUAAAAGAGAAAUUAGAGGCCAAGACUAGCGAUUUUAGGAAGUUGCAGGAACAUUACAACAAUAAAUGUGAAAAUUACAAUUACAUAAAGAAACAACUUGUUGUCACUGAGGAACUUAACACAUUGAAAAUACAUUAUGAAAAUGUUGAUUUUAACUUUAAAAAAUUUGAUGUGUCAAGUGAGAAAGUGGCAACAAUAAUUGAAAAGCAAAUGAAGUGGAAGGACAAAAAGCAAGUAGGAAUAGGUUAUAAGAGUGUCCCUCCCCCAUUUAAUUACAAUUACACUACUCAACCUAUGACUCUGGAGGAGAUAGACCGAGAACCAUUUAUGGUCUUUGGUAAAUCAGCUGCUGAACAGGCCACAAAACCUAGUGCUAGGGUUUUGGAUACUAACAUUUCUACCUCUAUUGCAGAUGUGACAGUAAGCCAGCAAACGCAAGAUGAUGGGAAGAUUGAGUCUAAUAAUAAUUUGGUGUCAAAAGUUGGUGUUUCUAAUUCAAAUGUUGAUGAGUCUGUUCUUGAUGUUAAGACUGAUAUUUUAUCUUGUGAUGAUGUGAUGUCGAACUCAAAUGUUUCUGAUAGUUGUGAUGUUGUUUUUGUAAAAUCCACUGAAUCUGAUACUAACAUAUCCACACCUUCUACAUCUGUCACACAUUCUAACUUCUGCAAUUGCACAUGUGGGAAGGUUAGAAAGGUCCAUAAGAUCAUGAAAUCUGAUAAUGGCGGUACCAAGUCUAAAGAUAAUAAGCAAUUUUUUUCAACUGUGAUACUGCCGGCCACAUUGCUCAAAAUUGUUCCAACCGAGCAUUUGUGCAUUUUUCAACACCGAGGAAAGAAAAUGAGUCUCGAGGAAGGAGGUGAAGGCGGAAAGAUCACUCAAAUGGGAACACUUUCAAAUAAAGUGCAAAGUUUCGAGAAUAUCAACUACGCACCCGAGUUGAAGUAUAGUUUGUUGAGUGUUUCUCAGAUAUGUGACAAGGGAUACUCAACACAUUUCACCGAUAAAGAAUGUCUAAUUUUAAAGUCAGACAUUGUUAUCCCGGAUGAAUGGAUUCUUGUAAAAUCAAAACGGGACGGAAAUGCAUAUAUCAUUGACAUGAACAACAAUCUUCCUGAACAAGUCAUUUGCCUCUUCUCAAAGGUUUCUGAGUAA